AUGGUCCCCCUUUCGCCGCUUGGCCACCGCAUGGUGAAAAAAGUCAAUGCCAAUCUCCUGGUGGCCGUUACGUACUCACCUGUGCCCGAUCUACCGACAAAAAUCGACUGCACUGUAGAGUUUAUCAAUACGCGACAUACUGGACCAGCUGACGAUGAAGAAGAAGCUACAGACAAGGCCCAGACUGGAGGCUGGUUCCGCGGUCUUUGGUCAUCCGAAAAAACGCCAUUGUCAUCAGACGACGAGUCACAUCUUCCACUUCUUCUUGGAUAUGUCCAGAUGGUAGGAUUUGUGCGCCUAAACCACAACCUCGACAGCGCUAGCUUAGCCGAUACGGGCGCUGACGUGCUUUGGAAAAACGCUGACUAUUUGGAUGAGUAUAAAAAUGAUAACAGUGCGGACAAGGUGAAUGCUGUGCUCCAAACGCCGUUUUUCAAAGAUCGGGCAGGUCCGCAUCCAAAAAAGGGCAAGAUUGGAGGCUUGCCCGAUCUUCAGGCCAAGAAAUUCGACAAAACGUCAGCAUACUUGCUCCAUGAUCUAUUUUUCGGAUUCAACAGUUUGGAAUUGCCCACAGAGAAUACUCCUCUGCCCUCAGACAUUCAACAAGAAGCAUUAGCCGAGGGAGUAUCAGAAAGCGUGGCUCCCUUUUAUGUAACGUCUCAGCAUCUUCUCUUUACGAGUCUUCGUCUCUCGCGAGGAAAGGAUGUUGUUUACAAAGUUCGUGCAGAUGGGCCAGGUGAAGCUUUCCCUCCAUCAUACAACAUGAAGCUGACUGGCUCGGCUGGUGAUGGUGGAGUUCUUUCAAUUGGCUACAGUUUUGUUGUUGGGGUUCUGGAGGAAAUUGAUGGUGUUGUGACACAGCGUCUGAUCUAUUUCCCAUUAGAGCACAGACCAGGAAAAAAAGUAUUGGGUAGAGAGUGGCUCCAACAGGAUUAUCUUCAAGAAUCUGUUGUUCGGCAGGAUUGGGCCGAGGAAUGCAUUACAAGCACUGGGACUGAAGUUGAAAAUCGAAACAGGCAAAUGAAUAGUAUCAAUGGCAGAAAAGGAGAAAAGAAUACACAGGGUGAUCAAAACGACGACCUAAAAGAGAACGCAAUUGAGAAAAGAAGCAAUGGAGAUACAAACGCCCUUACAGCUGGACACACAACCAAUGGUGACAAUCAUAACGAUAUAGGCCAUACAAUCCCUGACAAUACAGAAGACCAUCCUGAAGGACCACAGGACUCUGACCACGGUUCAAUGUUCCAUAAACGACGUGGAAAGUUUUUGCAGGAGCUAGACACUCUUAUUGAGCGGAGUGUUCAAGUGGUUGGUACUAAUGAAAGAAGAAAAAGCUCUGUCGUGGUUCAAAAUCCAGCUGGUUAUGUUGAGCAAAUCCCCAAUCGGUUAAAAAUUCUGUACCUGAUCAGAGUCAACAACCAGGGGCUAUGUGACUUGACUCUUUCAAAGCCCUAUUUUAGAGUGGGAGAUGACAUGACCAUUUUCUUCCAACCCCCUACAGAACAAACGGGCCCUACCAAAGUUGUCGGAGCCACAAUUCACAUCGAGGCGCACGAAAUUUUCCAUUUGGGAAACAACCGAAGCUACGUCAACAUCUAUAAAGUCACCCCAACGCAGAAAUGCAAUUUAUAUGCCGAAGCUCUAGCCACGUCUUUCAGUGACAUUAAAGGCGGAGGUGCCACCACUACGUUGAAUGUCCCUCUGUUUUUGGCUCAGCAGUUUCAAGCCUCAACUUUGAUGGAUCUAAAGUAUUUUUUGGUUUGUCGAUUUGUGCUCAAUAAUUUUGACAAAGCAGAAGGUGGCGGCUUGAUGGAUGAAAAACCUGAACAAUACAUUGAGUUUGCUCGCCACUAUGAAGGUGAGAGCGAAUCUACAGAUUUUAUGUUUCUGGUUCCGCUCACAAUUCUACCAUAG